AUGUCCGCUGAUCGAUAUGACAAAUGCAUCAAAAAAAAUAUUUGUGAACUUAUGGCUUUCUAUAAUAAAUCUAGUUUACCUGAGCACGUUCUCUUUGGUGUAGAGUUUGACCGUGCUGAAAUGGGUCUAGUUUCUCAAAAAUGGCCACUUCCAAGCAAUCAACAAUUAAGCGAGUCAAUCCCUCAAGACUUGGUGAAAGCAUGGGAAGGUCAAUUAAACAAUCCCGCAACCUCUGAUUGUCAAUUUAAUGUUCAAGGUCAAAUAAUUUAUGCUAAUUCUGCAAUACUUUGCGCGAGGUCUAAAUAUUUUGAACUUGUAUUUCGAGGUCAAUGGCUAGAAUCUGAUAUUACUAAACAAGAAAUUUUACAAUCAUCUACCAAAGAUCAAAAAGAUUAUAAUAAUAAUAGUGUUAUUUCACAAAGAUGUAAUCAUGUCAUUGAUGUUACAGAUUUUCAUCAUCAAACAUUUCUGGAAAUGUUACGCUUCUUAUACACCAAUAAGGUGACUUUUGUUGAGAAAAAAGAUGAACAAAAUUCACAACUCACUCCUUUGGAUCUUUUCCGGAUUGCUGACAAAUAUCUUAUCGAUGAUUUGCGUCAGCAUGCUAAGUCGGAGAUAUUCAAAGAUUUAAAUGUUAACGAUGCUGCUGAAUUCCUUUUUGGUACUGCCUGGAAGUAUCCUGAAUUGAAAGAGCAAGCAAUGAAAUAUGUAGUUCUUAAUUUCGUUACCGUUAGACAGACAAGUGGCUUCAAAAAUAUUUUGGCUGAUCCUUCAAGUUAUCCUGCAUACACUGAUUUAUUGAAUGAAAUUUUGGCAGAAUUAUUUCCUGCAACUGGGAGUGUGAAUACUGGAAAACCAGCCAAAGAAGAAAACGCCUAA